AAAAAUGAGAGGGCAGUACAUAGGAUAGAAGCAAGUCUACCAUGCACACAGAGAUGGCCAAAUGUUCGCGGACUUUCGGCUAUAGACUCGGCAUUCACCGUCGUCAGAUUAGUCUGUCCACAGACGCCCAAUUGUACGCACGUUGGGGACGUUAUUACUGCAGUUUACACGUGUGAUAUAGGCAGUUAAAUUUAAGUCCAUCAAUUGCAAAUCGAUUAUUUUCAUAGUACGUAUCGACCUUAUCAUUGGACUACUCCCCCCAAGUUCAUCGGAAAAGCCGAAAUUUUUCGGUUAAUAAUUUUUAACUCGUUAUUUUAUUAUUUAUUUAUGCUCUUCAUGAAUGUGCGGGGGCUGAAAUGUACUUGUCAAAUAGACGGAAUAACCCAACGAGGAGAAACGUAUCUCGGUAUUUGAUACUAUUUUAUAACGGUGUGAAAAAGUGAAGGAGUCGAAGAUAAAUUCAGAGUGAAAUCAUCCACUGACGAAAUAUUUAAAAGUUCAGCUGCGGAAUUGAAAUUUAUUACCCAUUUCCAGAUUCAGUAACGAAGAAGGAGAUUCAUGAAGCUAUGAGAAACAUCGAAGUGAUUAGCUACUCGAUAAUGGUAACAAUGCACGAUGUGGGACUUACACUCUGACUAAAGUUGGACUAAAGAUUUAUCGAGUACUGGAACUAGAAGACGAUCACUUUCGCCCAUUGGUCUGCAUCAUCUAUGAAUGGAUGGAGGAGCGACAAGACAAACAGGAGAUUCGAAAGGUUUGGAAGACUGGCACAAUACAUCUGGAAUAGCUCUAUGGAGUGUAAUACUGCUGGGGGCUCUGAUCCUGAACUCCACUCUGCUAUUGGCUUUCCUGAAGCGGCCGGGUCUUCGAACAAUAUCGAACAGAUUUGUGAUGAAUCUCAUCGUCUCCAACCUCCUCACCUGCUGCAUUCUGAAUCCUCUGUUGAUAUUGGACGCACCGGUGGUAGAAAUCGAGCCAUGUAUGUGCAGUCUAGUAGAAGGAGCCACAGCCCUGGUGACCACAUCCUCAGUAUUCUCAGUUCUUCUAAUAGCGAUCGAUCAGUGUUUGGCAGUGGUGGAUCCCCUCCGUUAUCGCACACAUAUCGACACCAUGCGAUGUGGGAUCCUAAUAGUUUCCCUCUGGAUAAUAUCACUGGCAUUUAGCCUUUUUGCAGCCCUUAAUCCAGCCCCAAAGAGUCUUUGGCUGAUUUGUCAGCCGAGCCAGUCGCAGUCUUCGAAGAAUUUCAGUGCAAAUUCAGACGUAUCAGUGGUAAAUUUGACGACAAAUAAUGAUGAACAACAACCAGAAACUUCCAUGACAUACGAUUUUAUUCUACUUGUGCUGAAUGUAUUCAUUUAUUUGUUGCCAUUCAUCGGUGUCUGUUGGAGCUAUAUCAGAAUUUAUUCGGCAGCUCACAACAACUCCAAGAGAACUCGACGAACUGGCUCCCGACCAAUUCUGUCUUCCGGAAGUUUUACUCAGGACUACUGUCCAGUGCGUCAGGACUUCUCGAACGAAGAUUUUCGUAAAAUACCGAAAAUUUCAAGUCUCUCGUCGAUUGACGAGUGCACGGAAAAUUCACCUAGUCAAAUGUCGAGACGUUUCUCUGAUUAUGGUAAUCAGCCAUCACCAAUUCAGGAAGAAACAUCGUCUGUUAUAUUCACCGUUGGCUCCCAGAAAGUCUAUGUUACAUCUCGACAAUCAAAUGAUGAUACCAAAGAAGCAACGACUAAAAGUGUUCCUAUUUCCGUAUUGAAAGCACAAUUUUUAGACAAAAGACACGACGAGAACGUGAAUUUACUGGUGAAAAGUAGAUUUCAGGGAGGUGAUGAUGAACGACAACGUAAAUCAUCUUAUGAUCUUACGAAUGAAGAGCAGGUUAUGUGUUCAGUAGAUCAUUUCAACGUACAGAAUGAGAACAGCGAUGAUGAUGAUGAGGAUGUGGAGGAAGGAAAACGAAUAAUGUUUGGAGAUGAUGAGUGUGCAGGUCAAGAUGUCAGUUCAGUCAAAGGCAUUCCAUGUUCUCCAUUGGUGAAUGAGGUGAUGCAGACAGUAAGCGAUAAGAAUGAUGACAUGACAUGUCACCCAGAAAGACUGACAACGAAUCAAAAUCAUUCGGCUGAUGAUGCAGUACAUGAAAAUAACAUUCACAACGACAUUUAUUACAAAUUUUCAGUGGAAAAUUUACAAUCAAAUGACUUAUUCGGAAAUGUCACACCCAUGGUGACAGUCACCCCUCCCCAUCGUGACUCCUUGCAUCGUGUCUCCAGUACCAAGAGCACAAGUAGUUACAUUCACUCAUUGAAGUACAGAAUCAGCAAUGGUUCUUUGUUCAAGUACAGAGAGGAAACUAGAGCAGCCAGAGUGAGUGCUUUCGUUAUCGUAAUGACUCUGAUUUGUUGGACACCAUACUACCUCGUAUUGAUAUUGAGAAAUUUGCCAUAUGAUUUUGGCAGAAAUUUACCGCAUGAAACGGACACAUUGGCACUGAGCCUCUUCAUUUCAACGGCUUACAUCAGUCCAAUUCUAUUUGGAUAUCGAUCGAAACGCGUUAAGAAAGAGCUGAAAAAAUUGUUUUGCUUCAAAAGAGAGCUGUCUUAUCAACACAAUCGCUCUCUCAUGGCGAAAAAAAUUUUAAAGAGAAGGCACAGUGGUAAUUGCGAAAUUGACAAUAGAUUUAGCAUUUUUAAUUGCCUCUAUGGUAAGAACAAAUGGCCAAAGGAGAAAGUUCAGUGCAUUCAGGUACCAGAGACUGCUCUAAUUGUUGAGACAUGUCGAAGUAGUUUUUCCAGUGGUGCUAGUACACAAGUUUCAAGUAGCUCUACUGACUGCAUUUGAUUUUAAUAAUUAAAAUGCCAAGCACACCCUGGUUGUAAAAAAUUCCAAAUUAUUCUUUGUAAAUUUUUUUUAUCUAAUUUCUGUCAGCGACAAGUUCAAUCAUGUUUUUAUGUCUUCUUAUGAGAAUUGAAAAAGUGGUUAGAAAGUGAAAUAUUUUCAUAAUUUCAUCCCUUUUUUGUUUCAUCCAUGACAAAGGUAUAUCUCAUUGAAGUGAUUAUUCUAGUUUUGUAUUUAUAUAAAUUAUGACCAGUACGAACAAUCAGUGUCAAUUAUUCACACGAAAUUCAUGGAACUUACCAUUUUCACUCAUGAAUAAUAUAAAUUUAAACAAAUAUAAUAGAUGUAAAUAUAUAAACAAGAAAAAAAAAUUCUUAACUA